AUGAAGCUUCUGUUAUACUUGCAUCUCUCAAUCAUUGUUAUGUCCAUUGCAAUCUCAAGUUGUGAAUCAAAUGAUCUAUUAGCAUUGCAAGACUUGAAAAACAGGAUAACAGAUGAUCCACUCCACGUCAUGGCUUUUUGGAAUGAUCAUUCUUCACAUUUCUGCAACUGGACUGGUGUAACAUGUAGUCCUUAUAAUGACAGAGUUAUCAAUCUUGAUUUGAGUUCACGAAAACUCGUUGGAACCAUACCGUCUUCCAUUGGCAAUCUCAGCUUCCUAACAGGUCUACAUCUUGAAAACAAUAGCUUCCAUGGUGAAAUUCCUCAAGCAAUAGGUCUCUUGCUGCAGCUUGAACAUCUCAAUCUUAGUUCAAAUUCUUUUAGUGGAAAAAUUCCGACAACUAACUUGUUGCUUCACGUGAUUGAUUUUUCCCAAAAUGGACUUACUGGGGAUGUGCCAUAUAGUAUAGGAAAACUGAAAAGUUUGGUUAGGCUCAACUUGAAGGUCAGGUUCCAAAUGAAGGGAUCUUUUGCAAAUACAAGCGCAUUUUCAAUCAACGGAAACAAUAGGCUUUGUGGUGGUGUACCCAACUUACAUUUGUCUGAAUGCUCUAAAGCUACCAAGCACCUUGAUUCAAGAGUACUGCUAGCUGUUAUAGUUACUCUUGCAUUAUCAGUUUUGGUGCUAUGUUCCUGUGCUGCUUAUUACAAACUCAGCAACUCAACAAAGGCACAACCUUGGAAUGCUGAGCAACUGUUUGAGAUACCAAGAACUACAUAUCGAGCAAUACAUAGAGCGACAGAUGGAUUCUCUGAUGCCAACUUGGUUAGUAGAGGAAGAUUUGGUUCAGUAUACAAAGCACAUUUGAUGUUGACAAUACAAUAA